AUGGCGUCUCUGGCUGCAUGCGCGUACUCGUCUCUUGGACCGGCCGCGAGGGUUUGCAUGGCACCGCGGCAGCGGCCGGCCUCCCCCUUCCUCCUGCUAGCCGCCCCUGCGCGCGUACAUCUCCCGCCGGCCGACCGAACGGCGCCACGUUCCCUGUCGACGUCGCUGUCCGUAGUGCGCCCGCGCGUGCACCGCUGCGAUUCUGAUCCCGAGCGCGCCAGCGACGAUGCCGGCGUCGGCUUGCCUUCGCGCGAUCCGACCGUCGAUGUCGAGUGCCACUACCAUGUGGCGGCCAUGGACCUCAGCGACGACACCGACGCCGGCUUGGUCCUGGGCGGCCCGGCCGUCGUGGAGCCCCACGAGCUCGCGGCCAACCAAGACCAGGACGAGCCCCGCUAUGUGACGGAGACGGACCUCUUGGAUGACCUCGAGGACGACGAAGUCGUGUAUCCCUUGGGGCUGAACGGCAGGGAGCUCCGCGAGUUAAGAGACACGGACUUCAGCCGGGACGCGAUCGACGAGCGGUUCCGGCGCGAGUCCAAGGAGGCCAAGGCCGCCGUGAUUGGCGCCGUCACCGGCGUGGUCCGUCCACUCCGGGAACUCCUCGACGACGUGCGGCGCUUCAAGAGCGUCGUCGACACCCAAGAGUUCCACAUCGGCAUGCCCUUCGGCGCCAUCAUGACGUGCAUGGGGUUGUACGAACUGUGGAAGCUUAGCCCCUCCACGUGCAUCGAGGUCGCCAUGUACUACGCCUUCUACAAGCUCAGCGCCAUCGCGGCCGACGUCCGGCGGCGUGGCUUCUCUCCCGACUGGAUAAUCAGGAUCAAACUCGGUAUAAUUAUUGCGGUGCUUGUCAAAGAUCUUGGCAAAGCCAUUGUCCCCCUUGAUUAUGUCAGGUGUGUGAUCUUCUUCAUCUACAGUCUUUCGGUGGCAUUUGACGUGCAGGGUGUGAAGAAAUUUUACGCAAAAAUGUUACUUCCUGUGAUCUUCCACAUGGCAAAACAUCCGAUGGAAACGGAACCACAGUGGAAACGAGUCAAACCGACAGGACAGGUCAAGGUUUCUAAAUAUUCACAAAACAAUGUACUAUGUUGGGAAGAUGAUGUUUCAUAA